AAAUCUUAAAGCAAAGACAGCAAUCUUUUGAGUUUUGAUCACCCUUUUGAACACAUCUCAUCUCAAAAUAUUUUACUCUUCUAUCCACCAUGAUGAGGCUAGAGUGGAGAAGGCAAAAACGUUUCUGCUUUGAACAGAAAAAGUUAGGACUCACCCCAUUAAAGUGCUGUCAAAGAAAUCUCAUAUAUAUUUAGCGGCAGCAAGGACCUGCCACCGAAAAACGAAGUAGCUCAUGUGUCAACACCACCAUCCUAAUUAAAGCAGCAACAUUAUUGCUCAAACAGCAUACAGAAAAAGCCUAUGCGCAAAGUCCAAACUUGCACCUAACAUAAACUUGCCGGAAUUCUAUCAUGAAGUUUCUAUUUGGAAGAGUGAGGUCUUCGUUGUCAUAAAGUGCAACCCCAUGUCCUCAUUCUACAUAUUCGAUUUUCUUUCCUUUCUUCCUUGCCUUGUUUCAUUCUUUGCACAAGGGAGAAAAGGGGUCAAGAAUUUUGUACAAACCUUGGGAGUUGUGAGAUCUUAUCUGUUAUAGAUGAUGUUUUUGUACCACGAGAAGGUUUCAGCUGAAGGAGAAAUAUGAUAGUGGAAUAUCACAAGGAAAGAGGAAAAUCCAGAAAUAGUAGUAUAGUACUUCCUAUGCAAUAAGUAAAUGGAUGGACUACCUGGCUCUGUGGGCACCAGCGCUAGCUUCAGUCUGAGAUUGGGUCAGACCAUGUUCUCUUCUGCUUCCCUUCUCUUUAUGUCUCUGGGGGUUGAAUUCUACAGCUACACGGCUUUCUGCUAUUUGGUGACAAUUAUGGGGUUGGUUAUACCAUGGAGUUUCACAUUAGCAUUGGUAGAUGGAUAUUCUGUUCUGGUCAAAUGCCCCAUUCGUCAACCAGGAAUACUGUUGAUUAUUGUUGUGGGAGAUUGGGUAUUAUCAACCCUCACACUAGCAGCAGCUUGCUCAACAGCUAGUGUUGUGGAUCUCCUUCUCAACACCCAUGGGUCUUUUUGCCCUCCAAAGCUUUGUAGCAGGAGCAAAGUACAUCUCGAGUGCAAUGAAAGUCAUGCUCAGCUUCAUAGCAGCUGCCAAAGAUGAUUAGUUUGAAAGGCUUUAGAGAGGGAAGUUGGAAGGAAUACUUUCAUUGUUGAUAAGGACAAAACAGAGAUCAGCACCAAUAACGGAGACCAGAAAAGAGAAUCAUAUUAAACUUUCACUUUAGAUGAAGAUCACGAGAGUACCAUUGCUGCAGCAGAAUUGAACGGAGAAAGUAACCAACCAAAUGGCUAAAACACUUUGACGAAAGAUUCCAGAUGUUUGUUUCAGUGGUAAAAGAAACAAAAAGAAAAAUGCUAAAAAAAAUUAAAGGAUAUAGAAAAAAAAGAUCAAAGUAGUAUUUCGUCAUUAUUGUUCAACUGGGUUGCUUAAUGCUUCUAGCAUUUGUUCCUCAAGAAGUGAGAAGCAAUACAAUUGAGAAAGGGUAUAUUAAUAUAGCAUAAGUUCUCCUCAACCACUUAUCUCAGCCACUGUGAAACAUCUAUCACAUUGUAACACGUUACAACCACUGUGCAGCUUCCAUUAAAUGCUUUUAUGAAUUGGUGGUGAUGGUAAUGCUUUGCUA